AAAAUAUUUUAUCUGCUAGUUACUUAAAUGAAAUUGAAGCAAAUGUUUAUGACUUAACAUAUGAAAGCUCAUUAUUAAAUAAGGACAAUUAUAAUCUAAUAUAUGAAAGUUUAGCAUCUGAUAAUAUGGACAAUUAUGAUUUAAUAUAUAAAAGUUUACCUGAUAAGGACACUUAUUCUUUAACAAAUAAAAGUUCACUCAAUAAGAGUACUUAUGAUCUAACAAAUGAAAGUUUGGAUAUUGAAAAUGAAACUAUUAGAGGACUGGAAGGUAUUACUGAGAACAAUUCAACAAGUACAAGUAGUCACCAGUUAGGGUACUUAUCUCAAGUUCAUGUUGAACUAUAUAAUGGAAAGACUUUUAAGACUUGGGAAGAAUGUCAAGAAACAUUAGAGCAUUAUGCAAAGCAAAAUAACUUUACUGCUCCCUCUAAAAAGCAAAGAAAUAAAGGAUCAAAGAGAAUCAAUUGCCCUUUUCUUAUUAAUGCAUCUAAAAGUAAAGGAUCUGAUAAUGAAACAAUAAUUAAAUUAACAUCUAUAUGUCUUGAACAUAACCAUCCUUUGCUUAUUGUAGAAAUAAAAGGUCUUAUUGAAAAUUAUAUGCUUUGUGAUCUUGAUGUCCUCUUUAAGAUUAGAUUGCUUUGUGGGUUGUUCCCUGAAGCAACUAUAGUAGAUUAUGAUUUAUUAGAGCAAACAAUUGAUGCUACAGAAGUCUACUCUGGUGCUUUUAUUAUCAAUGCAGACCCAGGUCUUGAGAGUAUUGUUCCAGAAAUAUAUCGAAAUACUUACUUUGUUCACUGUAUUUGGCAUAUUGGAUGUAAUAUUGAAAAACAAUUAUCUAAGGCCCUAAAAGCAUUUGAAAAAUACUGGAAACAACUAAUGAUUGACUUUUCUGAAUCAACCGAAUAUAUGCUUAGACAACUAGAUCUACAUAAAACAAUUUGGGCAAAGGCAUUUAUUAGUAAAGUUUUUACAGCAGAAAUAACUUCUAUCCAAAGAUCUGAGUCAAUAAACAAAGAGCAAUUUACUGGGCAGUUUUCAGUUUGGCAUGAAAAAACAUUAUUAUAUGAAGCACCAAAUAUUUAUAGAAGACUAAAGAUUACUUUCAAAGAUCUAUAUAAUUUGGCACUAGAUACAGUAGAGAAUGGGCCAAUUAAACUUGAAUAUGAUUUUUGUCAAAUACAACUUAAUGAGCUUCUUGAGGGAAUUGAUCAUUCUUUAGUAGCUGAAGUUUGGGAAGUUCAAUCAAUUGAAUAUAAGUCUAGUGUUAGACAACAUGUUGUUUUGCUAAAAAAUGGCUUUUAUUUAUGUACUUGUAUCUUGUUAUUUGGAAAUAGAGUUUAUAAAGAUGAAAUUAUGAAUACAUUAGUUAUUGAUGAACAAUUUAUAAGAGGAAAGUCACAAGAAUAUAGCAAUUUAACAUCAAACUCAUUAAACAUAUCUUUAUUUUCAACUCAAUUGACUAAAGGAACAUUACUUGGACUUGCAUAUAAAUGUGUAGAAUUAGUUGAUUAUAAUGAUUCCAAUGAUUCUGACAGUUUAAUGAAAAUAUAUAAUGAAGUUUCAGAAUAUGAGCAAGUUACUGAAGAUGAUCAAAAUUUAGAACAAGAACUGGUUAUAGAAGAAGAUCAGUUUAUAGAAAGGAAUCAAAUUUUAGAAAACACUCAAGUUUAUAAAACUACAUACCUUGAUGUUCAGAACCUGCUUCGACAUAUUGGAAAAGGACAAACUACAAAAAA